AUGUCUGCCUCGAAGUACUUUGCACUAAAUCCGGCCAAGCGAGAAAGACUCCUCCGCGAGGUGAUCCAAAUGCAAGAACCCGCCAGCCUUCCUCUCGGCAAGCAACAUGUACAUCCUCGCGGAAUCUCUACGGGCGAUGAGGACGCGAGUGUAUCGUUUGUUGGAACUGCGACGACAAUCCUUGAAUGGCAGGGCAUCCGCAUCCUCACGGAUCCAAACUUUCUCCACGCUGGCGACCACGUUCAUCUGGGACCUGGCGUCACUGCUGAGCGGAAGACCAAUCCCGCUAUCAACCUCGAAGAGCUCCCACCUCUGGAUGUAAUCCUUCUAUCACAUUACCACGAGGAUCAUUUCGAUCGCAUGGUAGAAGACUCACUCAAUCGCAACUUUCCCAUCAUCACAACCCCGCAUGCGAAGAGUUGUCUAACCUCUUCUUCGGAGAAGAAUGAACCAUUUAAGAAUGUUUUGGAUCUCGACUUCUUUCAAGACCUUCAACUCGACAUUACGCGCUCCGCUUCGGAGUCACAGGACAAGCAUCCAGCUAUCAAGGUAACGGGCAUGCCAGGCAAGCAUGUCCCGCCUGGACCUUUGUCCACUGCGAACGACUUCUUGCAAGCUGUGCCCCCAACGAAUGGCUGGAUGUUGGAAUUGGGUUACUGUCCCAGUCUCGGCUCACAAGCCAACUCUGCAGCAUUUAAGGCGGGCUAUCGGGUUUACAUAUCUGGCGACACGCUGAUGGUCGACGACUUGAAGAAGAUCCCUGAGUGGCUCAACAACGAGCGCAUCGACCUGAUGUUGGUUCAUCUUGGGGGAACUACGAUUCCUGGCCCUUCAAUUCCGCUGCUGAUGGUUACUAUGGAUGCAAAGCAGGGGAUGCAGCUCAUAAAACUGGUUGACCCCGAUGUCACAAUUCCUAUUCAUUAUGAUGACUACGAUGUAUUCUUGUCGCCAUUGGAGGACUUCAAAAGGACGGUUAAUGCAGAGGGAAAGAAAGACAGAGUUGUGUACUUGGAUCGCGGGGAGCAUUAUCGAUUCAGAGUUAGAGAUGAAAGCAACUAA